CCAGUGCCUGCUCCAGCCCGGGGGCUCUGCCAGCCCUGGCGGCGCCUCCGUGGCGUGUGGGUGUCUCUGGCAUGUGGAUAGGCUGCCUUGCCCAGCUGGAGCUGUGAUCCCAGUUCCCCUAGCCGUGCCAGAGGGCGAGGAUGGGGAUGGGUGCUGCUGCCUUGCCGGCCGCCUCCUGCUGUGGGGCUGUCCUGGGCGUGUGCGCUGAGGCUGAGACGCGGGGCUGGGACAGGCCCAGCUGCUUUUUUCUCUCUGAGGUGAGGACAGGUGUCAGAAACAGCAGGGGGUGGCUGGCCAGGAUGGGACUGGUCUUUCUCCAUUUCUCCACCUAUUUCUCUUAGGGAACACAGCUCAAGGAAGCAAAUUCUGGGUGACCUAAUUUCUGGGGAGGUGGAGGCAAGAACAAGAUCUAGGCUGUGGGUGUGCCUUUCCUCUUCAAUCCUGGGCCAUUCUAGGGGGCUGUCAAGGGCUUUUCCCAUUGUUCAGGGCAGGCCUGGAGCAGGGCAAGGGCCUCUGCCAUCAUGCUGGGGCAGCCUCCUCUCCUUUGCCCUCUUGGAUCUCUGGGAACAAGAGCUAGGAGUUCUGGCCUCCACUGGGGUGGGGGUGGGGGUGGGGGCGGGGCCCACACCAGCCCCUCCCCUGGACCAAAGGCCUCAAAUACCUGCUGGUGCAUUGGCAUGAGAGCUGCUGUGGAACCAAGACGCAGCAGGUCCUGGCCACAGCAUCCUCCAACCUGGCCUUCACCCCAGUGGCUCAGGACUCCAGAGCCUCGCCACACCAAGUCCACAUCCCAGGCUGCCGGUUUGUCAUGGGUGGGCCCUGGGCCGUGCUGGCUGCGCUCUGGGCACUCGGGGCUGCCGGGGCUGCUGCGUUGCGUAUCGGAGCCUUCAACAUCCAGAGCUUUGGUGACAGCAAAGUGUCAGACCCAGCCUGUGGCAGCGUCAUAGCACAGAUCCUGGCGGGCUAUGACGUGGUGCUGGUACAGGAGGUGCGAGACCCAGACUUGAGCGCCGUGUCGGCGCUGAUGGAGCAGAUUAACAGCAAGUCCCGGCACGAGUACGACUUCGUGAGCAGCGCGCCGCUGGGCCGGGACCACUACAAGGAAAUGUACCUGUUCGUCUACCGGAAAGCCGCGGUGUCGGUGGUGGACACCUACCAGUACCCGGACCCGGAGGACGCCUUCAGCCGGGAGCCUUUCGUGGUCAAGUUCUCCGCGCCGGGCUCCGCCGCCGGGGAGCUGGUGCUGGUCCCGCUGCACGCCGCGCCACACCAGGCCGUGGCGGAGAUCGAUGCCCUGUACGACGUGUAUCUGGACGUGAUCGACAAGUGGGGCACCGACGACAUGCUGUUCCUGGGCGACUUCAACGCCGACUGCAGCUACCUGCGCCCGCAGGACUGGGCGUCCAUCCGCCUGCGCAGCAGCGAGGUCUUCAAGUGGCUCAUCCCCGACAGCGCCGACACCACGGUGGGCAACUCGGACUGCGCCUACGACCGCCUGGUGGUGUGCGGCGCCCGCCUGCGCAGGAGCCUCAAGCCGCACUCGGCCGUCGUGCACGACUUCCAGGAGGAGUUCCACCUGGACCAGGCCCAGGCUCUUGCUAUCAGUGACCAUUUUCCCGUGGAGGUGACCCUCAAGUCCCACUGACAGCGAAGGCCCGGCCGCGGCCACCACUUACCCUCAGAUUCCGAGAAACGGACACUGUGCGAGGUGGCCAGCCACCCCCGCCCCAUCAGUGAGGACAUGGGGCAGGGUCAUCUGAAUGUGGAAGAGUACCUCAGUUUCCCCACCUGUAGGAUGGUUACCAGCACCUUCCCCAUAGGGUUGGGUGAACACUGUCCUGGCUCACACCUGUACAUUAAUAAAUAAGCCGCUCUCAGCCAGAACCACGAUGGGGACUAAAAGUUCUCUGUUCAUGCUGAGGGCCAGCUGUGCUGGAGUGCAGUCUGAUCCUGGGGGGCCUUCUACCCACCUCCCUUCGGGAACAGGGACAGCCUACACCAAGUUGUCCUGUGGGGACGGCUAUGAGACAGCUCA